AUGUUCACGGACUCAUCAGCUCCAGCAAUGGACCCGGAUCUACCCGAAUCCGAAACCCGACCCUUACUAAAUCCCUCCUCCGCUGAUCCCACCGCCACUACCGAUUCCGGCACCGUACAUACCCCCACGGCAGAGGAAGCUAGACCCGAAGCGACGACAUUCGAAUCAGCCGCAUCGCAAGUCACAGCCGCCGCCGAUCUACCACCGGAACGAUUCGAUUCGCUCGACGAGUUGACUCACGACCUCGGCUCUCUCCACGAGCUAUCUACCCGCGGCUCAUGGCAAGCGAUCCUCGAGAAAAUAUCCCAAGCGAGAGCACUCUUCCUCCUCACCAAGCCUCACGAGCAUCUCACCUAUCUCACUUACCAAGUCAUGGCUCUCGCGAAGCUACGCCGCUCCGAUGAAGCUGCUCACGAGCUUAAUUCCUUGCACGAUUUCGACGGCACGCAUUACAGGUACGAAUCGUUCCCUGAGAUCUACCCAAAUCGGAAAGGAUCCAUGGUCCCUUUCUCUCUUCGGUGGCUCUACGCUCUGAUCCCGACUAAGCUCGGUAAUCGCCAGGAAGGUCUCGAUCGAUUAUACACUCUGCUCGAUUUCGUCCGCGAUCGAAUCAAAGAGAAGGAAUCACAGAAUUUAGAUCGAUCUAUAGAAUUGUGGAAGAAAAGAGAGACAUUUGUGAUGAAUUGCUUGCUAGGGUUUCAUCUAGGUCACAAGGAAUUUGGGAUAUCUCUGGAAUUGAUGAAGGAAUUGAUAAACCGUGAUCCAUCAGACCCGGUUCUGAUUUCGAAACUAGGAUCUGUGCAAAUGCAGUUUGGUGACAUACAAGGAGCAAAAGCCACGUUUAACCGAGUGGAGAAGAUGUUGAACGAAGGAAAGAGCGAUGCUUUACUGAAUGAAACGCAGUUCAAGAAUCUUGUUGGUAGGAAUAAGGCUUUGGUUCACGUUGUGGCGAAGGACUACGUUGCUGCUGUGAGAGAGUACGAGGAAUGCAUUGAGAGAGAUAAUUCGGAUGCGGUCGCGGUCAACAACAAGGCUCUCUGUUUGAUGUAUUUGAGAGAUCUAUCGGAUGCGAUCAAAGUGAUGGAGAAUGCGUUGGAGAGAGUGCCGACCGCAGCUUUGAACGAGAGCUUGGUGGGGAAUUUGUGUAGUAUGUAUGAGCUGGCUUAUGUUAAGCACACAGAUGUCAAGCGGACGUUGAACAAUUGGAUUGCGCGUGUUGCUCCUGAUGACUUCGAUUCGUCUUGUACCAGAAUUUGA